AUACACAUAUCAUGCACACCCCUCCUUUGCCUUUCUGCCUUGCCGGGGUCUUAUCAGGAAGACAGCCAAUCAGAUGUGGGCAGACAGGAGCCCUCCAAGAAACCUUCCUAGCCUCAUAGCCCAUGAGGCAGAAGACAGAGAGGAGACCUGAGGCCCAGGGUGGACACCAGCCAGCCAUGGCCUCAGCUGAGACUGUCUUACCCUCCAUCAGUACGCUGACCACCCUGGGACAGUUCCUGGACACCCAGGAGGACUUCCUCAAGUGGUGGCGGUCAGAGGAGACGCAGGAUUUGGGCCCGGGGCCUCCGAAUCCCACGGGGCCAUCCCUUCACGUGAGUCUGAAGUCGGAGGACCCUCCCGGAGAGGACGAUGAGAGGGACGUGACCUCUGCGUGGGACCCGGAUCUUUUCUUUACAAACUUUCCAGAUCCCGAGGUGCCCGGCACUUCCCGGACCUGUGCCCUGGCGCCCAGCGGGGGCCCAGCGGCACAGUUCGCGCCGCCCGAGUCUCUGGGCACCUAUGCGGGCGGCUCAGGGUUGGUGACCGGGCCUUUGGGCUCCGAGGAUCACACGAGCUGGGCGCACCCGACCCCGAGAACCCCAGCCCCUGAGCCUUUCGCGGCCCCUGCCCUGGCCUCGGGACUCCCUCCCAAAGCGCAGCCCGCUUUCUCCGCUUCGCGAGCGGGCUCGGCCGGGGGCUUCUUCCCGCGGACGGGGCUUGCGGUGCCCUCAGCUCCAGGCGCCCCCUAUGGGCUGCUGUCGGGAUACCCUGCGCUGUACCCCGCGCCACAGUACCAAGGCCAUUUCCAGCUCUUUCGCGGGCUCGCGGCGCCUUCUGCUGGCCCCACUGCGCCCCCUUCCUUCGUGAAUUGUCUGGGACCUGGGGCGGUGGGCACAGAACUCGGGGCCACUGCGAUCGCCAGAGACGCAGGCUUGUCCCCGGGAGCUGCGCCGCCCAAACGCAGCCGGCGAACUCUGGCACAAAAGAGGCAGGCGGCACACACGUGCGGGCACGAGGGCUGCGGCAAGAGCUACACCAAGAGCUCGCACCUCAAGGCGCACCUGCGCACGCACACAGGAGAGAAGCCUUAUGCAUGCUCCUGGGAUGGCUGCGGCUGGAGGUUCGCUCGCUCUGACGAACUGACGCGCCACUACCGGAAGCACACUGGACAUCGCCCCUUCUGCUGUGGUCUCUGCCCACGUGCUUUUUCACGCUCUGACCACCUAGCUCUGCACAUGAAGCGUCACCUCUGAGUGACCCUGCACAAGGACUAGGGAUGAAAUAAGAGUGGAUCCAAAGACUGUUUCCCAAAGGAUGGGCCGUUAUUGGACUCACAGUCCUACUCAGAUCAAGAACUGACCCGAAGACCAUACAAAGGAGCCUUCAACAGAAACCUCACAAAUCCUCAGGGAACCACACGCAUGGCGACACAGACCCAGCAAUACAGACCACCAAUAAAUCAACUCAGAUGGACCCCUAGACCAGCACAGGCGUGACUCUAAGUCCUGGAGGUGGAUGGAACGGGAUGAGAUUUCCCAGAAUCUAGAAUCGAGUUUCACACUGUGCCCAUAGCUGGGAUUGUCGUGGUUACUAUAAAAAUUUCCCAUAUAAAA